UUAGCAUUACUAUUUCACAUUUAUUAAACAUUACUAAUUAACAAUGUUACACUAUUUUGGCAUACCUCUGUUACAGUGUAACACAAAUAAGUAGAACUCCUGAGUAAUAUUAAAUAACAGCAUGUACUUACUAUAGGAUUAGGGUUUAGUUUAGGGUUGGUUUCUUGUAAUUAUGUGUAAUUUACUGUUAUUAAGUGUAUGUAACAAGAACAUUGUACAAUUAAGCGUAACCUUAUAUUCUUUACAAAGUGAAGCUUUGUGUAAUAACACAGCUGGGGUGCACAUCAACUGCCUGAAGGUGUCACUUGACGUUAUUCACACCCGUCCAAUCAGAGGACAUGUAACAAAGGCUGGGGCAAUGUCUCUGUUUUGAUUGGUUAAGAGGUCGGCCGGGAUGAUGGACGCGCCCCGGAGAAUGCAGUCUGACAUUCAUACUCAGCAAAUUCAUACUCGCAUGAUGGAAGGAGGAUUAACGUUACAGAAGAUAUGCGUCUGCUUCAUACUGUAACUGUAGAAAAAUGACAUUGUAAAAGUAUUUGUCAGUUAUCUUAAAUACAUGAUCAAUAAGCUCUUUUAUUCGCUGGCUGCUAAAAAAGUAGGCCUUGAGUUUCUUGUUUAAAGUGGAAUUAAAGAGCUUGUCCAUCACCUGUUUCCGGAAAUUCCGCGAUUGAAACAUGGAUUUCGUUCUCGGCGGAGUCGCUGCGUGUGGCGCCUGCUUUUUUACAAACCCUCUGGAGGUGGUCAAAACUCGAAUGCAAUUACAAGGAGAGCUGAAAAGCCGAGGAACCUAUCAGGUGUAUUAUAGGAAUGUGUUUCACGCCUUUUACACGAUAGGCAAAAUAGACGGACUGGCCGGUCUUCAGAAAGGUUUGGUCCCCGGGUUGGUUUAUCAGCUUUUUAUGAAUGGGGUCCGGUUGGGGUCUUACGCCAUCAUCGAGUCCUUGGGCUACAUUCACACGGACGGAAGGGUCAGCGCUACGAAGAGCAUAGUGUCCGGGGCCAUUGCCGGUGUGGUGGGCGCUGUAAUCGGGAGCCCGAUUUACCUGGUAAAAACACAUCUCCAGUCUCAAUCCACUUCCUCUAUUGCAGUCGGACACCAGUAUAAGCACAGGGGAAUGAUGCAUGCUCUAUUGGCCAUCCACAAACAGCAUGGAAUUCUGGGUUUGUGGAGGGGUGCAAGUGCGGCAGUCCCAAGGGUCAGUGUGGGGUCAGCUGCUCAGCUCUCUACUUUCUCUGCCUCUAAAGAGCUGGUCACUGACCUACAGGUGUUCUCUGAGGGCAGCUGGUUAAUAGCUCUGAGUGCUGGUAUGACCAGUAGUGUAGUGGUUGUAUUAGCCAUGACUCCUUUUGAUGUGGUCAGUACUCGACUCUACAACCAGCCUGUGGACCAUGUGGGCAAGGGCAUAUUGUACCGAGGUUUUGCAGACUGUUUCUCUAAGACGUUGAAGAAGGAAGGCAUGACUGGUUUGUAUAAAGGUCUCGGAGCCUCCUACUUCCGCAUCGGACCUCAUACCAUCCUUUCCCUACUUUUCUGGAAUGAGUUGCGCACUUUGUACCAUAACUAUGGCUAGCGUCUUGCUAUUGCCUGCAACAGCAAAAUAUCAAUAGUGUUUCCCUGAUUUGGUGAUUAAAGAAGCAAUUUAGCACUGAGGUACAAAAGGUGCUUGCUAUGUUGUGAAUAUAGUCAGCUAAAAGUUGUCAGUAGACACAACGUGCAGCAGAGUGCUCUUUGCUUUUAUAAAAUAGUUACUACAUACUAAAUAUAUUAAGGACUUUUUUAUUAAAACAUUAUUUUAUUAAGCAUUCAUAUGGCAGCCUUUCACUAGAAGAUAUAGGUCCUGAUAUAACAAUGUUGCUAUGCAAUGAAAAAUAAUAAUAAUGAGCCAUUAGUAUAUGGUGGAAUGAAACAGCUGGAAGGCUGCACUGACCAAGAGCCAGGACUGGAAUUAUCAAAUAAAAAUAAUUAAAUAAAUAUAUAAAACUCAAUUAGAAUGCAUGUAGCAGGAUUAAAUAUUUAAUUGAUCAUUAUGUUGUUAUACAAACACACUACAGUGAAUAUGCAUAUGGUUUUACGGAGACGGAACACAUGUACACUUCUGUUUACUUAUGCAAGUUAUGUUAUUGAAUUUCUGGUUCUGAUUCAUCACAUUUUUUUCUGAUGCUUAAUUGAUGGAAUAAGGAAGCAGUUCUGCACAAAAGAGUGUUUAAAGAGGAAAUAUCUCUUCAAACAAACAUUUAGAUCUGGUACCUGUUGAAAAUGAAUGCACAAUCUAAUUUUAUGCAUAAACGUGUUUUCACAGAGAACUUUUAUGUCAUUAAUUUUUUUAAUCAUCUUUUUUUUAAUAAACUUAUUUUUAUUUAUUUAUUUUACUUGUGACCCUUUCCUAAAGAAUAAAUGUAAUCCACUGCAUCAGAAUCACAUGGUUGAACAAAUUUAUUUUACUUUACUAUUAAUCACAUUAUGUACUGUAAAUGUUUAGUUCUCACCAGAGAUUGUGUAGAAUGACUGUAACCCAGCUGUUUGUUUUUUUUCCAUUUGUCUUUUUCUUUGACUUUGACUUGACAAUGACAUCUAUAAUUAUUAAUCAUGUUUGGAAGGAAAAAGACUUACUUUUGAGUAGUUCCAUCUGACUGGUUAAAAAAUAACAAUAGCAUUUUCUCAACCUUUUUUUGUGUCUUGUUUUUCAGUGCCUUUAAUGUAAGAAUGUCUACUUUGUUUCAAUCUUGGUUUCUUUGGUGGAACAUAAAUUUAAAAAGCAACAGAUAUAAACCUUUUCACUUUUGGUUGUACAAUUAACAGUUUCAUGUCAUGUUCAUUAAAGUUCUUUGAGAACAUGACAUAAUCCCGUUAGAACCGUUAGAAGAAUAAGAGUAUUCAGUGGGACCGAAUAAUGGUCACCAUUUGCCUUAAAUUACAUGUGCUGUACUGAAUGAGCUGUUUGAUGCUUUAGAGAAACUAAUGUAAUAUUAAAUUACUUACUAAGAGGUUUAAAUUAUAUAGGUAAAUUAUGGGUCUGUAACAUAAGAUAAUAUAUAAUUUGAGAAUAAACUAUUUUUAAAAGAA